CCAGUGUUAUGGCCCUGGAAUUGUCGUGAUUUUGUUUUGCAUCCAGCUUCUUCGUCAACUUUCGGGUCCCUAGAUCUCCACCAUGAAGCUCUCGUUGCUCAUCUCCGCUGCUGCCCUGGCGAGCCUCGGCCAGGCUGCCAAGAAGCCUGUGUACAAGGACAAGAAUGCCUCCAUCGAUGAUCGUGUUGCCGACCUCCUCAAGCGCAUGUCCGUCAAGGAGAAGAUGGCUCAGUUGAUCCAAGGUGACAUGACUAAUUACCUCAACAUCACCGAUGGCACAGUCAACAAGACGGGUCUCAAGUGGAACAUGGAGUACCGAGCCAACUCGGUUUGGACCGGCUUGUAUACCGAGAUGGAGACGGUCCAGAAAGCCGCCAAGUUAGCACAAGACUACCUUGCCGAUGAAACCGAAUUGGGAAUCCCAACAUUCGUCCAGAGCGAAGGACUCCAUGGCUUCCUUGCCCUAAAUGCCACCAUAUUCAACUCCCCCAUCGGAAUUGGCUGCUCCUUUAACCCGGGGCUGGUCGAGAAGAUGGGAAACAUCAUUGCGACAGAGGCCUUGGCCCUCGGUGUCAACCAGCUCUUCUCUCCUCAGGUCGACUUGGCUAGAGAAUUGAGAUUUGGACGAGUGGAAGAAUGUUUUGGAGAAGAUCCCUAUCUGGUCGGAGAGAUGGGAUACUCCUAUGCCAAGGGCCUUCAAGAUAAAGGCGUCUCAGCUAUGGUCAAGCACUUUGCUGCAUUUGCUUCCCCAGAGCAAGGCAUCAACACAGCUCCCGUUUUUGGUGGCGAGAGAAUGCUGAGGUCUCUAUAUCUGCCACCAUUCAAGCGCGCCAUCAUCGAUAGUGGUGCGACUUCCAUCAUGUCAUCGUAUAAUUCAUACGAUGGCAUACCAACAGUCUCAGACCCCCACCUUCUGCAAGAUAUCCUUCGAGAGGAAUGGGGUUACGAAUACUACGUCAUCUCCGACGCCGGUGGCACUGCUCGCCUCGCCAACACUUUCUUCGUCUGCGAGGAUAAGGACAAUGAGUGCAUCACCCUUGAGUCUCUCCCCAACGGCAACGAUGUCGAGAUGGGCGGUGGGUACUGGAGCUACGAGAUCAUCCCAGAGCUAAUUAAGUCGGGAAAACUCGCUGAAUCCGUCUUGGACACCGCUGUUUCUCGCGUCCUCCGUGCAAAGUUUAAGAUGGGCAUCUUCGAGAACCCAUACCCUGGCGUCCCUGCCAAGAAGAUCUUUGACUACGUCAACACUAAGAAGAACAAGCAAGUGGCUCGCCAGCUUGAUACCGAAAGCAUUGUCCUCCUUGAGAACCACGACAAUACCUUGCCUCUGAAGAAGAACGCCAACGUCGCCGUCAUCGGGCCCAUGGCACAUGGUUAUGUCAACUACGGAGACUACGUCAUCCACACUGCUAUGUCCCGCGGCGUAACUCCUCUCGACGGCAUCAAGGCCGCCAGCAAGGGCAAGGUCACCUAUGCCAAAGGCUGCGAGCGCUGGUCCAACGAUGACUCCGGCUUUGACGAGGCCGUCGCUGCUGCCGAGGCCGCUGACGUGGCCGUCGUUGUUGUGGGAACUUGGUCCCGAGACCAGAACGAACUCUGGGGCGGUCUUAAUGCCACCACUGGCGAGCACAUUGAUGUGAGCAACUUGGAUCUCAUCGGCGCCAUGCCCCGACUUGUCAAGGCCAUCAUCGACACUGGAAAGCCCACCGUCGUUGUGUUCAGCUCUGGCAAGCCCAUCACCGAGCCCUGGAUUUCGGAUGAAGCCGCUGCCCUCGUACAGCAGUUCUACCAGUCUGAGCAGGGAGGAUAUGCUCUGGCAGAUAUUCUCUACGGCAACGAGAACCCAUCCGGAAAGCUCUCGGUCAGCUUCCCAUACGACGUCGGCACCCUUCCCAUUUACUACGAUCAUCUCAACUCUGCGCGCAUGUGGCCCAACCCCGGAAAGGUGUACGAGAACGGCACUCUGGACUUUGGAAGCACUUACGUUCUCGAGACCCCCACCGCUUUGUACGGCUUUGGAUACGGCCUGUCGUACAGCAAAUUCGAGUUCUCCAAGAUUUCCGUCUCGAAGAGCAAGGUGUCCGCGUCCGACACCAUCACCGUCUCAGUCGACGUGUCGAACAAGUCAAAUCGCGACGGCGCCGAGGUAGUGCAGCUCUAUGUCAAGGACAUGAUCGCGACCAUCGAUGUGCCCCGGUUCCAGCUCAAGGGCUUCAACAAGGUCGAGGUCAAGGCCGGCAAGACAAAGACGGUCAAAAUUGAUCUAGCUGUUUCCGAGUGGGGUCUGUGGAACCGCAAGAUGGAGUAUGUAGUCGAGCCGGGUGAGUUUACCGUGUACGUCGGCAACUCGAGCGAGAACUUCUUGGGUAACGUGACGGUUACCGUCGCAUGAGGUAGCCAUGAGGGAAGAAUUAUGUCGUUGAAGCCCUUUCUUAAUAUCAUGUGCAGAAGAUAAUGGCCCUCUGUCAUUCAGCUAGCCAUUUUACGCUAAAACUUCUUUAUUCAUAUUUAUGAUCUUUUCAUCCCAAGUUUUCGCCAGGAGCCCUACUUUGCAUGUUCAUCAAGAG